AUGGAGUCCGUAGUGGCUCAACACAUCAGUCCCAGCGAUAGCGAUACUUUCAACCUGAAGAAAUGUCAGAAUCUUGUAGAAGUAAAAGGAUCAAAGUUCAACGACUGUUUCAUGAUCAAAGCGCCUAGACACGACGUCAAAACGGUCAAGCAUUCAUGGAAACGGCAAACAAGGACUUUCGGAUCAAAACAAAGCUUCAACAAUCUCAACUUAGAAAGACGUUCUCAAUGUUCUUGCAAUGAUCAUCAAAACAAAACAACAACAAGAAAAAAAAUAAAAAAAAAAAAAAACUUAAACUCCAAAUUCUUCAAUCCGAAAUCAAAAUUUUAA